UAAAUACGGACGUCAUUCGAUCUUUGUUUAGGGCUCUGUUGUUAGGUGCCAAUGUUGUGUUAGAGAUUCGUAAAGCUUCUCAAUUAUUUUUAACGUGCUUUUAUUAGGAACAUUAUUUCUUUUUAAAAUUGACUUCAUUUGCGUGAUGGAUAAUUUAUGACGGUGGCUAACUCCUUCUAAUCGAGACGACUUUGGCAGAUCGCGUGAAAACCUGUGCCUAUUCGAUUUUGUAAAAGACCUUCGUUCUAUUCGCUGGAAUCUACUCCAAUCAGGAUAACUAGUGCUAAAGAAGGUAGAAAGUCAUUAUGAGCUCCAAAACAGUCCAGAAAGUUGUUGCCAAGAAAUUGUUUUAAGGUAGUUGAAGGAGACAUCACAAAGCCUGUAAUAGGAAUAAUUUCUAGGGGAGUCAAGACACCAAAUUGAAGAAUGUUUAAGGAGCUAAAUGUAAAGAGAAUUGUUGAAUACUGAAACACCCAGAGAUGGUCGUCAAAAUAUUUUGAAAUACUGGUGAAACUUAUGAAGAAAAGUUUAAAUCAAGUGCCUCGACAUGGUCGAUGCAAGAGUUCUUGUCUAUACUUCAUUUCUGAAGACAGUGAUACUGAAAUUCAACAUCAAAAUGGGAAAUACUAUCUGGAUGUAAAAAGAAGAGAGGAUGCAUUUGACCUUUCUGGGCCUUAUUUACCAGCAGAGGAUCCUAACCCAUUAAGAGCUGGGCCAACUCUUGCUUAUGAUGGCAUCCAUGACAGAAGUCUAAAACAUUACUACAGAGAUAACAACAUCAAGAAACAACUACAGCACAUGAAAAUUCCACAAAACAUGCAUCGUUCAAGAGAGAAAACUAUCCGGCGCUAUGUCGACACAACCAUGGCGUCUGUAGACUACCGCUUAAAGGCAGGCCCUAUAUCGCCGUAUGCUUUUCCACAGACGGUACACCCCAGACCACCACCCCACAGACCCAAGGCUUUGAUGACAGUGGACGAGUAUUUCAGGACAAGGAAGGGAUCUAAGCGAAGAAAAACUCCUGUGCACAUUGUUGGAAAACCAAGGCGCAUAUCAAGAAGAUCCCCUCCUCAACACAUUGACAAGAAUGAGCGUGAGCGAUUAGUGAAUAUGGCUAGCAAGCUUAUUGUAGCCACGGAGACAGUGGCCUUACCACAACAGAAGAUGCAAAGUAAAGGCUUCCAAGCUAAUGAGGAGGAGCUGCCUCCAUUGCAAAGUAGCAGCCGGCGACAUUCAAGCACAACUGAAUCCCCCUUUACCUCAGGGCAUGAGUCUGAGAGUUCCCAUGAUGCAAUGAAGCCAGCCCCACCCAAGAACAAACCUUCGUCAGCACAUAGACGUAGACCUCAAUCUUCCUUCUUCAAGUCCUCAUCUUUUGAAAGCCCAGGGAAGAGCACAAGUGGAGUCCAUGUGGUCCUCCCUGCAGGAGCAGAAACAGACACUGACAAAAUAAAGUACCUAAUGGACAGAAUGAAUCUCGAUGGGCGUGGCACGUCUGUGAUGGCCUCCCCCCGACAGGUGGACUCGAGACGACCAAAGAGUGCAAUCUACCCUUCUAAAUCUGAGGGAUUCACUAGUACAGGGGUCAACCCAAUCCCCUCUCCAUAUGAAUAUGAUGAUGACUUUUACAGCGAUGAGGAUUCUCCGCACCCAGCAUCCUCACCAAAGAUGUCAUGGAUGGAAGGGGACCACGAAAAGAUUGACAUGUCUACACAGACUGUGGUCCAUUCAGGAACACAGACAAGGUUCACCGAAGUAAAUGAUGAGCCGAAAGAGAGAGAAGUUUUUAUUCCUUCCAAACUAUCCUGGGCUGACAGAGGGACAACCGACGCUGUCGACUCCAGGCCCCCUGUUGCCGUAGCAACGAGUGGCGCGGCCACUGUCAACGAGCCAACCAACACAGCAACGGAAAUAGAAACGCAGACGCGGAACAGAGAUCUGGAACCGAAAGUCAUCACAUAUGAGGUCUACAUCAAGACGGGUGACCGCCUGGGGGCUGGUACGAAGGCCACCGUCAAGAUUACCAUAUUUGGAGAGUACGGAAAUUCCGGAGAAAGACAACUCUUACGAUCCAAGACGCAUCGAUCGAAAUUUCAGCGCGGCCAGGUCGAUGUGUUCGCAAUCGAUUCCCUUUUUCUUGGAAAGAUACUGAGCGUUCGUGUCGGGCACAACGAAACGAGGCUUGGCUACGGCUGGUUCCUCGACAAGGUGUAUGUCAAAGAGGGCGUGGAUGCGACACGUGCUUUUGAGUUCAAGUGCAACCGCUGGUUCUCGUCACGUGACGAUGAUGGACAGGUCAUGAGGGACCUCCCCGUUUAUGACGUCGUGCCAGCAUCACAUGUUGCAGCGAUUCUUCCCAAAGUAGUAGAGAGGCAAGAUGACCAGUUUUUCAGCCCGAGCGACAGCGAAACCACCCAAAGCGAAGGCGAGGAGACUCCUCGGGAAUACGAACCACGGCCGAGGGAAACUCGACACAGCAAAGCUAAAACAAAAGCAAAGAAAUCGAAACCCAAACCGAAAGCCGAAGUUUUAGACGAGGAAGGUGGAUUCAAGCCAGUGCCAGCUGAGAACCUUUUUGAAGUCAGCGACGAGGAGAACGAUAACGAUAAAGAUAACGAAGAGGACCGUUUUUUUGAGCCGAGUCAGGAGGCUAGCGGGUCAGAACACAGUGAUGAGGAAGUGGUUGACAGAAAACCGCCCAAAAAUGUCACCAACAAACCGCCGCCUGCACCAGCGAAGAAACCCAGCAAGGUGAAGCACUUACCUAAACUCGCAGCAGUAAAGAAAGAAAAGGAUAAGUCUUCCUCAAGCGAAGAGGAGAGAGCAAAGAGUGGGGAAGAAGAAAGGGAAGAGGAGGAGAAGGAAAAGGAAGAGGAGGAGCAAGUGACACCCGAAGAGCCGCGCAGCUCCGAGGAGGAGAGCAAACCGAAACCAGGAAGACCCAAGGGUACCCACCACCUGCGCCUUGUCACGACAGCAGUGUCGCCAUUUCUAAAAUCUCGCGCCAAGAAACAACCCUCGCCAAUCGCUGAGGAACCGAGCCCUGAGACCCCACGCAAACCGGAACCGGAAGUGACGCAAGAUCGGGACGAAAGCGACGAGGAGCCACAAGUCGAGUUUACUCCGACGGAAAAGAAAAAGGCUGAGCGCCCGACUUCCGCUCACAGCACGCAUAGCGAGGACUUCGAGGAAGGCUUCCGUGCUGGUAUUAGGAAAAAGCAGGAAGAGGAAAGGAUGAAGCACCGAGCCUCCAUCUCCGAGAGCGAGAACGUCUUCAGGACAGGCCCCUCUAUCCAUGACGCCGCCAAGAAAGGUGACUUGGCGCGCAUCAAAGAACUGAUCGGUGUCGCACCAGCCAUGAAGAGUGUCCCAGAUGAGAAAGGCAUGACGGCACUGCACAUCGCCUCGUCCAACGGACACCUGGAUUGCGUCAAGUGGCUAGCGGUCAGCGGUGUGGACCUAGGACAGGAGACGCCAACAGGUUACACUGCCAUCCACCUUGCGGCGAUGGGAGGUCACGUGAAUUGCAUGAUGAUCCUCUCCGCAAUGGGAAGUGUAGUCAACUGUAAAACUGUGGACGAUCAGACGCCACUUCACCUUGCAGCCAUGAGUGGUCACCUAGAAUGUGUCAAGUGGCUGUUGGCAAACCGUUCCCGGACGGAAGCAGAAGAUUCUAACGGUCGCACUGCACUAGACAUCGCCGAGGAGUACGGACAUGAAGACAUUGUCAAACUACUCAAGAAAUUCAAAAAAGAGCUGACUCGCCAGGACAGCACUCUCGCGCAACUGAUGACUGCCGAGAAAAAGCGGCGAAAGAGUAACGAGUCCAUGGUGAGCGAUAACGAUGGCGCACCCUCUAAGGUAUCGGACAGUGGCGUGGGAGGGAUGGAGAGCGAAGAGGACAACUGGAUCAGUGAUGCCGAGGACGACAAUAACGAGGACGGAGUCAUGAAGGACCGCCGCACCGAGUCCAAACGAGCCCCAGAUCGGCCAGACUCGGCAUCACGCAGUCGAACCGACUCUAUUGUUAGCGCCGAGGAAAAAAAGAUGAUGUUUGACAAACAGAGAAUGAAAAUGAAAAAAAGGAAUUCUAGUUUCCUGGACAGCAUUCGAAUGGACGUGGAAAAUGAUGAAGAGGAGUUCUAACUCAUGACUGAAUUACUCGACUAUUACUCCUGAGAAUAAAGUGAUUUAUGUUGGAAUACGGCUUUUGGGUUGUAUAUGUACACAACAUUCUCAGAAAUUAAACAAGCCUAAUGCCCCUUGUACUAUGGAGGUGAUUUUCGACCGCUCGAAAAUUCGUACUGGAAAAAGGGAACACAAGCAACCGUACAGAUUUUUCUACACUAAUUACACCGUUUAUCGUACAGUUGUAUGACUGUAGAAUAAAUAAGUGGUCUGCGAAGGCGUUGUGGAAGCAAGGUUGAAAAUGGGAUGUUUCAAAUCGACCGAUACCGUGUAAACGGAAUGCGUAACUGAACGAGCGUCAAGCGGUACCGUGUAAACGGAAUGCGUAACUGAACGAGCGUCAAGCGGUACCGUGUAAACGGAAUGCGUAACUGAACGACCGUCAAGCGGUACCGUGUAAACGGAAUGCGUAACUGAACGACCGUCAAGCGGUACCGUGUAAACGGAAUGCGUAACUGGACGAGCGUCGACCCGUACUAGUGUAAACGGAAUGCGUUACUGAACGAGUGUCAAGCGGUACCAUGUAGACGCGUAACUGGAUGAGCGUCACCGAUGUACUAGGGGCCUCGACAGACUAUGGUGGACGUAGAGAACAAGGAAACAUUUCUAACUUGUUGAAUAGAAAGAGACAUAGUUUUAAAAGAUAACAUUAUCGCUAACAUUCCAGCCUAAGACGCUAAAUGGGCGGACAAUGGACUUCUUUCACUUGUGCUCAGAUGUGCAUUACGGGAGAGCGGAUCCAGAGUUUUAAAAGGAAUGAAUUAGAAGGUCUGGACAUCAGUCAGAGACUUUAUUUGUUAUUUUAUACCGAACAAAGAGACUUCCAUCAAUCCAACCUAUCUUUCCCUGUAUCGACCCAUAUUUUAACUAAAGGAAUUCACGAUAAUCGUUCUGGACGUUGUCAGAAUGGACAUAGACAGUAAUGAGUAAUGAUACGUUGUGCAUCACACGUAAAAUUGUUGUUAUAUAAGAGUUGAGGAGACGUAUAUUAUAAUAACUUUUUUUCUAAAGAAUAAGUGCUAAUUUUACUGGAACUUUCUGCUUUAUUCUUGGCCUUUCUAAGUAUACAGUUCUUGCUUGGGAUAUUUUUAUUACCUUUUUUAUAUUUAGUAAACUAACUAUUGUGAAUAUAAUUGUUUAGACUUAAUGUAUAAUGGAUAGAGUAACGAGAGAAAAAAGUUGCCGAAAGUCUA